AUUAUGGGAAACUGAACCCAAACUGUUUUCAAAAUUGUGCCUUUCAUUGACCUUUCCCUCCUUUUUGUUCUUCUCAAGUACUUUUAGCCUUACCAUAAGCUAGAUAACUGCAUGUUGCAAUUUGAAAAGUUAUAUUUUAUCUUAUGUGAUCUCCCUACAGCUUAAUCUUCUAUAUACAAAAAGCUUGAACAUCUUCCAUUCUGGGACUUUGCAAAAUAAUGGCUUCAGAAACACCCAAAUCUGCUGCAAAAGUUGUUGUGCAUCUUAGAGCUACUGGUGAUGCCCCAAUUCUCAAGCAAGCCAAGUUCAAGAUUGCAGGGACUGAUAAGUUUGCCAAAGUCAUAGACUUUCUUCGUCGACAGCUUCACAGGGAGACAGUGUUUGUGUACGUGAACAGCGCCUUUUCUCCUAACCCAGAUGAGUUGGUCAGUGAUCUUUACAAUAAUUUUGGGUUUGAUGGCAAACUGGUGGUGAAUUAUGCUUGUUCAAUGGCAUGGGGCUAACUUGAUGUGAUGAAUAAGAUUUGUAUAUUCUUCUCUCUAUAAUAUAUACGUGCCUCUAAAAGGAGACGAUGACACGGGAAAUUGGUCCAUUGUAGUAGAUCGUCUCUUCAAAGAGGCUAUUUUUUUCUUCUAUUUUUUUGUUGGGUUAUUUUUUUAUUUGGGUAACUCGGUUUUUAUUUUUUGACAAUCAUUGUCAUAACUUGUGCCUAUUUGAUUUGUGGUUAACCCCCCUAGGUGUGUGCGAAACAUUGGGGACUAAUGAAAAUGCGUCAUAAAUCUUUUA